UCAUGAAGAUGAUUGCAAAAUUCUUAAUCUCCUGACAUGAAAAAUGCUUCUUUAAAAUGGUGAAUUUCAACGAGGCUUGCAGCUCUUUCGCUGCUGCCGUUCUUGAAUAUGAUACGAAUAAGAUUGUUCAUAUAAAGAGCAAGAAAGUUGGCUUGAUCAACCGCAUAAUACAACUUGCAAUCAUCGGAUAUGUGAUCGGCUAUGUUAUUAUCUAUGAAAAAGGUUAUCAGUCAUUUGAUGUUGGACUGAGCUCUGUAACAACGAAACUUAAAGGAACAGCGUUAACCAAUUUGUCAAUAAAUUUCCCAGUCAACAUUAGCAAUGGGAUAGAGUCAAGCAAGCUUUUUGAUGGACCACGGAUCUGGGAUUCGUCAGAUUAUGUGAUACCUCCAGAGGAAAAUGAUGCUGUCUUUGUGAUGACCAACAUGAUAAUAACGCCUCGGCAGAAGCAAGGAAUGUGCCCGGAAGACGACCAAUACACCAUGGCUCGUUGUUAUUCUGAUGCUAAUUGUACUAAAGGUGAAGAAGUUAUCACAGGACAUGGUAUGUGAUGGCCAACAUUGCUGCCUUUUCUACAGCACUG